AUCGAGUUCACAGCAAGAAAUCUGUGCCCAUCUCCUUUCUAUUCCUGAACGAGUGAACUCUGCUUCAGCAAAAAUCGAAACCGAUAAACUCUUCUUUUUUUCCUUUUCCCAAAGCUCAGUCUCAGUAGUCUCACUCUUAUUUUCACAUCAUGCUUCUUCUGCCGCCACCACUCUCGGCAAGAUUCCCUUCUAUUCAAUUCCACCACCAUUACAUAUUCCAACUCCAACCUCUACUCCUCUCAACGACCACUACAACCACAACCACCGCCGCAGCACUCGCAACCACCACCGCCUCUUCCGGUGAACCCUACUACUCUUCUUCAAAACGACGCUCGGACGACCAAAACGACGCCGUUCCGUUUCGUAACGGCCGGUAUGAUUUCUCUCCCCUAUUGAACUUCCUUAAUGAUACCCCAGCUGAUUCUGAUUCGGGUUCGGAUUUGGAGUCUCCGACAUCGCUUGACCCGGUGGAGUUCCAGCUGGCCGAGUCUUACCGGGCAGUGCCUGCCACUGUCUGGCAUAGUCUUCUCAAAUCACUUUGCUCAAAUUCCUCGUCUAUUGGUCUAGCAUACGCCGUCGUUUCAUGGCUUCAAAAGCACAACCUCUGCUACUCCUACGAGCUUCUCUACUCGAUACUCAUCCACGCGUUGGGUCGGUCCGAGAAACUCUACGAGGCUUUCUUGCUUUCGCAGAGGCAAAACCUGACGCCAUUAACGUACAACGCUCUAAUUGGAGCUUGUGCUCGGAACGAUGACCUAGAAAAGGCACUGAAUUUAAUAGCUAAGAUGCGCCAAGACGGGUUUCCUUCGGAUUUCGUUAAUUACAGCUUGGUAAUCCAAUCCCUAACUCGCAAAAACAAGAUUGAUUCCCCUAUUUUGCAAAAGCUUUAUAGGGAGAUUGAGUGUGAUAAGAUUGAGCUUGAUGGGCAUCUAUUGAAUGACAUAAUUGUGGGUUUUGCUAAAGCUGGUGAUCCUAACCAGGCUAUGCAUUUUCUAUCAGUAGUUCAGGCCACAGGGUUGGUAGCCAAAACAGCUACAUUGACUGCUGUUAUAUCAGCUUUGGGGAACUCAGGUAGGAUAGUGGAAGCUGAAGCUUUGUUUGAGGAGAUUAAAGAAGGUGGAUUGCAGCCAAGGACUCGAGCUUAUAAUGCACUCCUUAAAGGGUAUGUAAAAGCAGGUUCUUUGAAAGACGCUGAGACCAUUGUUUCAGAGAUGGAAAAGAAUGGAGUUUCACCAGAUGAACGCACUUACAGCCUUCUUAUCGAUGCAUACGCCAAUGCGGGUAGAUGGGAAAGCGCCAGAAUUGUGUUAAAAGAGAUGGAAGCGAGCAAUGUGCAGCCUAAUUCUUAUGUCUUCAGUAGGAUCUUAGCUAGUUAUCGCGAUCGAGGGGAGUGGCAAAAGACCUUCCAAGUUUUAAGGGAGAUGGAGAGUAGUGGUGUGAAACCAGAUAGGCAUUUUUACAAUGUGAUGAUUGAUACUUUUGGCAAGUUUAAUUGCCUUGAUCACGCAAUGGCUACGUUUGAAAGGAUGCUUGCAGAGGGAAUCAAGCCUGAUACCGUUACUUGGAAUACACUCAUAGACUCUCACUGCAAGGCGGGGCACCAUGACAGAGCAGAGAAGCUGUUCGAGGAAAUGCAAGAGAGUGGCUGCUUGCCUUGCGCCACAACAUAUAACAUUCUGAUCAACUCUUAUGGAGAGCAAGAGAGAUGGAGUGAUGUCAAUGGCUUGUUGGGGAGGAUGCAAAGUCAGGGUGUUCUUCCAAAUGUAGUUACUUACACAACACUUGUCGAUAUAUAUGGAAGGUCGGGGAGAUUCAAUGAUGCUGUUGACUGCUUAGAAGUAAUGAAGUCUUCAGGCUUGAAACCAUCCUCAACUAUGUAUAAUGCCUUGAUCAACGCUUAUGCACAGAGAGGUUUGUCUGAGCAAGCACUGAAUGCCUUCAGGGGCAUGAGAGGGGACGGCCUAAAACCCAGUAUUUUAGCUCUCAAUUCACUGAUCAAUGGAUUUGGUGAGGAUAGAAGGGAUGCUGAAGCCUUUGCCGUACUUCAAUACAUGAAGGAUAAUGGCUUGAAACCAGAUGUUGUGACUUAUACUACCCUAAUGAAAACUUUGAUUCGUGUUGAAAAAUUUGAUAAGGUUCCAGCUGUGUUUGAAGAAAUGAUUUCAUCAGGGUGCAACCCUGAUAGGAAAGCCAGAGAAAUGUUACGAUCUGCUCUUAAAUACAUGAAACAGUCGCUGAAAUAACAAUUGAGCAGAAUCAGCAGAAUUGAGCUAUACAACUAUGUGGGAUAACAUAUGUUAUCUGUUUUAGUCAACUAUAACAAGGACAUCAACCGAAACCAUUACAUACACCGUGCGUGGAUAUGAUAACCUGGUCAGCUUGUUAACUUGGAAAGGAACUGAAGAUGAAGAUGGAAAAUUAUAGAUGAGUUAGAAAAACUUUAGCUCUACCCUGCACAAAUUCUGGCUUGUUUAUGUAGAUUUGCAAGUAAAAUUAUUUUUCUUAUGUAUAAUAAUGAUGCACUAUUUAUUAUUUAUAACUUCUCUUUUUUUUGUAUUGAAAACAACAUUCAUUCUUGUACUAUAAAGCAAAACAUAAUUACAAUUUCCUAUUGUCAA